GUCCCCCCAUUUCUUUGCCUUUGGGGUAUUGAACCGGGUCGAUACUUGAGAAUCUUGACCCCUCUCCACCCUUCCCGUUUCUGCUGCCGCAGUCAUGGAGGAGGUGGAUGCCGAUGUCGCGACCACCACCGCCCCUACCGCCACUGGCUUCCGGAUCUUCUCCAAAAGAGCCCAAAAGCCACCACCCAUCAUUGGAAAACGCUCAGCCAUCUCCUCUCCAACACCAAAAACCGCCUCAAACGGCGACGCUGAUGCCGAGCCCGAAGGUUUCGAGCAGUUGGGCCUGGCCGAAUGGCUGUUGCAGAGUUGUAGGGAGCUGAGACUAAAGAAGCCGACGCCCGUACAGAGCCACUGCAUCCCUCAGAUCCUCGCCGGAAAGGACGUGAUGGGCCUCGCCCAGACUGGCAGUGGGAAGACAGCCGCCUUCGCCCUUCCAAUUCUGCACCGUUUGGGCGAGAACCCGUUUGGCGUUUUCGCCCUCGUUGUCACCCCGACGAGGGAGCUCGCCUACCAGCUGGCCGAGCAGUUCAGGGCCCUCGGUUCCGGCGUACACCUCCGGUGCACUGUCGUGGUCGGCGGUAUGAACUCCGUGGAGCAGGCGAAGGCGCUUGUGCAGCGCCCGCACGUAGUGAUCGCCACGCCCGGCCGGAUUCGUUUUCUUCUUGAGGACAACCCCGACAUCCCUGGCGUCUUCUCAAAGACAAGAUUUCUUGUUUUGGAUGAGGCUGACAGAGUGCUGGAUGUGGGUUUUGAAGAUGAGCUGAGAGUAAUCUUCCAAAACUUGCCAAAAGAGCGACAAACUCUUCUGUUUUCCGCAACUAUGACAGAUGAAUUACGUGCGUUACAUGAGCUCUCUGCUGACAAAGCCUACUUUUAUGAAGCUUAUGAGGGGGUCAAGACUGUUGAAUCACUAAAGCAACAAUAUAUUUUCAUUCCGAAAGAUAUGAAGGAUAUCUAUCUUGCAAACGUUUUGUGGAAAAUGGAGGAGAACAGUGUUCGUUCUGCCAUUGUAUUUGUUGCCACAUGCAGGGCUUGUCAUCUUUUGAGCUUGAUGUUGGAAGAACUUGACCUAGAGGCUGCUGCAUUACAUUCUCACAAGUCCCAGUCGCUGAGGCUGGCAGCCCUAAAUAAAUUUAAAUCUGGCCAGGUCCCUAUCCUGUUGGCAACUGAUGUUGCAAGUCGUGGUUUAGAUAUUCCAACAGUUGAUCUUGUUAUCAACUAUGACAUUCCAAGAGAUCCACAUGAUUACGUUCAUCGAGUUGGGCGUACUGCAAGAGCUGGAAGAGGAGGUCAUGCUUUGAGCUUGGUUACACAGAAUGAUGUGGAUCUCGUCCAUCGGAUAGAAGAUGUAAUCAGGAAACAAUUAGAAGAAUUUGAAUGCAAAACGAAUGAAGUGCUUGGUGACCUCACAAAGGUCUGCAAGGCAAAACGAGUGGCAACAAUGAGGAUGAAUGAUGAUGGCUCUGAAGAAAGGGUGAAAGAAAGAAAAGCCCAAAAACUGAGAACUUUAGAAGAUAAAGGUCUGCUAAAGAAAAAGAAGAGGAAACGGGAAGAAUUGAAAAUCACCUGAACGAGGGUCAGACUUCGCUUCUUCUGUGCCCGCAUUUUUGUAGAUGAGGAAAUUAUCACAAUUUUUGUGCUUGGGGAACGAUUUUACUGUAUGUGUCUUUUCACUCGGAUGCUGUUAUAUGGUGUAACGUAAAAGUUAUUCUGUUUAUUUUUUAGUACA